AUGAAUGAAUAUGGGAGAUACUUUUUGAUUAAUUAUGGAGGUGGCUUCAAUGGUUAUGAGUACAUCGACGACUCUUCAAAGACUGAUGAUCAAUAUACGUACGAGCCUCAGUUUGUGGAGAAUGCUGGUAAUGUAGAUGAAGAUUAUGUUCCAUCGUCUGAAGCCGAGACUGAUACAAGCACCUCUGAAGACUUGUCGGAGCCAGAGAACGUGAGAAGGGCGGGGAUUGAAUAUGCAGGUUGGCAGAAUUUGCAGAUCGAUGACGAUGAUGACGAACAGGGCAAUGAAUUUUCUGUCACCAAAUCAGACAGCAGACGAAUUUACUUCAAAUGCAAGCAUUCAGAUACGUGCCCCUUCAAGCUCCAUGCAUCGUCACAAGAUGGAGCCAUUUGGGGAGUGUAUAAGUUCACCAAUGAGCACUCAUGCGACGGUGAGCUAGGGCGCGUAGCGCGAAUAAAGGCCCCCGCAAAAGUCAUCGCAGCAUAUUUAGCACAGAAAAUACACGACGACUGCGAGAUCUUGAAGCCGAAGGCCAUCCAGCUGGAGCUGAGACAUGAGUUUGGCGUACAGAUCAAGUACGAUGUUGCAUUGCGAGCCCGUAAUCGAGCGACUGAGAUGGUUUAUGGUCGACAUGAUCAGUCCUUCGAGAUGCUGCCCAAGUACUUAUACAUGUUGAGACAAUCCAAUCCCGUGACGAAGGACGGCAACGAGAGUUUGUUCCCACUCGCGUAUGGUGUUGGCCUGAAAGAGAACGAUGAAUCGUGGACUUAUUUCAUGUCACGCAUUCGACGUGUUUAUGGCCAAGCCAAUCCACUUUUGAUUGUCUCUGAUCAACAUAUCUCCAUUGCCAAUGCUAUCAGGAAUGAGUUACCAAAUGCCACCCACGGCCUAUGCUACUACCAUUUGCAAAAUAACCUGAAGCAUUACGGUAAGGCAGUGGUCGAGGUGUAUCGACAAGCUGCAUUUGCGUACGAGAAGUCCGACUUCACUAGGGCUAUGAACGCCCUGAAGGUUAUGAAGAGAGCCGCGUACGAUAAACUAAUGGGGAUUGGGCAGGAAAAGUGGGCUCGUUCGAUGUGUCCUAUGCCUGUGCGACGCUACAGUUUUAUGACAUCAAAUGCUGCUGAAGCUUUUAAUUCCAGAUUGUUGUGGGCAAGAAGACUUCCUAUCUGCUCGAUGUUAGAGGCAAUCAGAAUUGUUAUUGAGAAAUGGUUCAGCGAGCGACUAAGGGCUGCACAACAAAUCGAGCAAGGCUUGACUGCUGAGGCCGGUAAAAGGGUAGCUAUUGAAGUCCAAAAAAGUCGUCGAUACACUGCACAAAGGUUGAGUGGCAUGAAGUAUAAGGUGCAAACUGCUGACAGAAGCUUUAAGGUGGAUCUGGAGAAGAAAAAAUGCGAAUGUCGAGUAUUCCAGCUAGACCAACUGCCCUGUUCUCAUUCAAUCGCUGCAAUAAGUGAGACCGGUGAUACGAUCGCGGAGUAUGUAGACUCGUACUACACGAACGAAUUUCUUAUCGAUACUUACUCUCGCGAAGUUAAUAAUCUCCCGUCGAGACGCCAGUGGUUGGUUCCCGAGCACAUCGCUGAGCAGGUUGUAUUACCUCUGAUUGUAAAAGGUCAAUCGGGGCGCCCAAAAGAAGGUAGACAUCGAGGUGGUGGUGAAGGCAGCAGCACACAAGCAGAUGAGUCUUCUAGUAUCAGGCGUCGUAAACCAAAGAAGUGCAGCAUCUGCCAUGAAGAAGGACACAGCAAGAGAACGUGCGCUGGCAGGGCGACUGAGCCCAGGGAGUAG